AGGAGCCGCUAUAAAACCUUGGCCACUCAUCACAUCCCCCCCAGAAAUUAUUUUGAAAAAAUCCCAGCAUUGCACAGAAACUCUGUUCCCUGUCACUGAGAGGGUUAUGAGACUAUCACUGAUAAGGAUACAGCACCAAUAAGAAUUGAAAAUGACAAAGUCCUACCGAGAUAAUGGGUUGAUAAUGACCGAAUCCCAAGGAUCUAGGGGUUGGGUGGAUGAAUGUCUGAACUCUCAAGAUGAACAUGAAAUGGAGAGAAAGGACGAGGAUUUGGAGAGUUUGAUGAAGGAUGACGACGAAGAUUCCCUCAAGCACAACAUGGAUGAGAAGGAUGAAGAUGAUGGAGAAGAUGAUGAUGGGGAUGAUGAUGACGAUGAUGAUGAUGAUGAAGAUGAUGAAGAGGAAGAUGAUGACCAAAAACCCAGAAGACGUGGACCUAAGAAGAAGAAGAUGACCAAAGCUCGACUGGAGCGAUUUAAGGUCAGGAGAAUGAAGGCGAACGCCAGAGAGAGGAACAGGAUGCAUGGACUCAACGCUGCCCUAGACAACCUGCGCAAGGUUGUUCCCUGUUACUCCAAGACCCAAAAGUUGUCCAAGAUUGAAACUUUACGCCUGGCUAAAAAUUACAUCUGGGCUCUUUCUGAAAUUCUAAGGUCUGGGAAAAGUCCAGACUUGGUGUCUUUUGUGCAGACCCUCUGCAAAGGUUUAUCUCAGCCCACCACCAACCUAGUGGCCGGGUGUCUCCAGCUGAACCCCAGAACAUUUCUUCCAGAACAGAACCAGGAUAUGCCACCCCACAUGCAAGCAGCCAGUGCUUCCUUUACUUUGCAUCCUUAUCCUUACCAAUCCCCUGGUCUUCCUAGCCCUCCCUAUGGUACCAUGGACAGCUCCCAUAUCUUUCACGUCAAGCCCCACACCUUUGGUCCAGCCCUGGAGCCCUUUUUUGAGAGCACUGUCACUGACUGCACCAGCCCUUCCUUUGAUGGGCCCCUGAGUCCUCCCCUGAGUGUAAAUGGGAACUUUUCCUUCAAGCAUGAGCCUUCCUCAGAAUUUGAAAAAAACUAUGCCUUCUCAAUGCACUAUCCUGCAGCAAGCAUUGCAGCAGCCCAGGGCCAUGGGUCACUUUUUUCUAAUGCUGGUCCACGCUGCGAAAUCCCUAUAGACAGUAUUAUGCCAUAUGACAACCAUUCCCACCAUGAAAGAGUUAUGAGUGCCCAGCUUAAUGCCAUCUUUCACGAUUGACUUUGGAAAGAUCAAAUCAACGGAAACUAAUGUGUUCAACUGUGCUUUACAGUACUGUAUUGUUCACACACACAAAAGACAGCAGUCAAUAUGGGUACUAUUGCUGCAAACCCCCAUCAUUAAAAAAAAAGACUAAUUGAAAUAAUA